UCAUCUCAUUAUCAUUAUUUAUGAUUAUAUUGUAAUAAUAAACCAUCUUGGUAGGAAUCCUAGUGUUUUUCAGUCGAUAAAAAAUUUAUAUUUUAUAAAGAGUGAAUAAUAAUUAUUCAAUUUAGUUUAAUGAUGACUUUGGAAUUGCAAAAGUCAAGUAAUGGAGUAAACAAAAAUAAUAUACCCCAUAUAGAGCACCGUGUAACAGGAGCGAAAAAUUAUAAAUUUACAGUUGAAGCACAAAAUAAUGGCAAUUACAUCCAUGUGAUUUGAUUGCAAAGUAAAUUAAUAGGCCUACAUCUAACCAACUGAUUUCUGUAACUACGAAUAGGUACUACUUUUUAUCUGGCUGAAUUUGGCUGAUUGUAUUGGGGUAGUACUUGAAUGGAAGUGGAAUAGGAGAUAUAUUUGUUGAAUCUGGAAUAUUUGGAGAGAAUACUGUUGGAAAUUUAUUGAGUGGACCUCAGUUAAAUAGAGGUGUGAGAGCAAGCAAUCAAUUCAUUCAAUCAGUCGACCACCCUGGGACGUGACGACAUCGAUUUUCAUUAUACACUAAAGACCCCCUAACAAUAAUCUGAGGUCAAAUUCUCUGCCUCUCUCAUGUAUGCUCAAUGUAAGCUAGCGCCUGGACUAUACAAUUAAAAUAUAAUAAUACAAAACUAUAAUACAACCAAUGGUGACAACUGUCAUUUGCUUCUUAAAUUAUUUUGCAUGAGUGCAGCUGUUCAAUCAAGCUACUGCAAAAAGGUUGGUUUAGAAUACAAGCAGUUAUAGUGCCGAUUAAAUUUUAAUCGUGAUUAAAUUUCCAAAACCCGAUCAAAAAAGCUUUCUCUGAUUGUUUCUCGUGAAAUUAACUAAGAUUAAAAUUUAACCGGUCCAUAUUAAUCUCAUUCAAGAUACUUUUUGACAAAACAUAUGAAUUCAAAACCAUAUGUUCCAUAUAUUUUCAAAUUAUUUAGAUUUUUCUAUAGCACGAGAUUUAUUUGAUUGUUGGCCUUGCUGAGAUAUUCUGUUUCAUGGAUAUUAUUAGAUAGUAAAUACGUAUUUUGGUGCAUUCCAUUAUAUUAUAACCGGAUUAGAAGCGGUCAACGUUUUGGUAUGAGUUACUAUAUAAAUAAUUUAAAAUAGCUUGAUAUUUAUUAUUGUUAUAAGAGCAAAUGAGUUCAACUUUAGCUACCAGUAUGUUGCCGAUCACAUUAGAGGAGCACCUAGAUUUUGAUAAAAUCGGCAUUAAAACAAACAGUAUUAAUUUCAGUUCAAUUAGUAUGGAAGAUGAAAGAUACAUUUGUGUUCAAGAAAAAAAUGGAGAAAAGAGACAAUUAGCUAUAGUCGAUGUUCAAAAUAGAUCAGAAAUAAUGAGACAAAUGAUUAACGCGGAGGCAAUGAGUUUGAAUGCUGGGUGUAGUAUCAUCAUUUUAAAAUUAACAAUAGAAGGAGACCUAGUACAUAAGAAACUACAAAUAAUUGAUUUCAAAACAAAAAUCUUAAUCAAACAGUUUAUAAUGGAUACUGAUAUUGUAUUUUGGAAAUGGAUUUCAGAAAGCGUGAUAGCUCUUGUUACUGGAAGUAGUGUUUAUCAUUGGUCAAUAGAUGGGGAUUCAGAUCCAGUAAAGAUUUUUGAUAGACAUCAGAUAAUGAAAGGAGAUCAGAUUAUCAGCUACAAGGCUGAUAAUAUAUUGAAUUGGGUUCUACUGAUUGGGUUGAGCUGUCAAAAUAAUAGAGUAGUCGGCACAAUGCAACUUUACUGUGUGCAGGUGGCUCGGUCCCAGAUCAUUGAAGCGCACUCAGCGUGUUUCACCACUUUCAAAAUGGAGGGCAAUCAGACACCAUCGAAUUUAAUAUGUUUAGCGUCGCGACAGGAACAAAGUGGCAAACUGUACAUUAUAGAAACAGGCCAAACACCUACUGGCAAUGCACCGUUUUCUAAAAAAACGGUCGAUAUGACUUUCAUAUCUGAGCACUAUGACUUUCCAGUAGCGAUUCAACCCAGUUCAAAGUAUGACUUCAUUUUUGUGAUUACCAAGUAUGGAUAUUUGCAUUUGUUUGAAGUGGAGACGGCGAUUUGCAUUUUUGUUUUGAACAUUCCAAGUGAUGGCACAGUGUUUCUGACGGUGCCACAAAAUGAGACUGGUGGUAUAUUGGCAAUCAACAGCAAAGGAAAAUUACUAUCUGCUGCAAUCAAUGAGACCAAUAUGAUAGAUUACCUAAGACACACUCUUGCUAAUCCAGUAUUGGCAUGCCGAUUAGCUCUCAAACAUAAUAUAAGUGGAGCUGAUGAUCUGUUUCUAGAGAAUUUCAAUCAAUCUGUUGCUAAUAGAAAUUUUGUUGAAGCAGUCAAAAUAGCAGCAAAUGCUCCAAAUGGUAUACUAAGAACACCGCAAACUAUGCAAGUCUUCCAAAGCGUAAGCUGUCAACCUGGGGAAAAAGCUCCUAUUCGUUUGUACUUUGAAGCAUUACUUGAGAAUGGAAGACUGAAUGCAUUUGAAUCCAUAGCACUGUGCAAACCUGUGAUAGCUCAAAAUCGCAUCAACAUUCUCCAUCAAUGGUUACAAGACGAUAAAUUUGAAUAUUCUGAACAGCUAGGGGAUCUAAUUAAGCCUGCUAAUACACUAUUGGCGCUUUCUGUAUAUUUACGUGCAAAUAUUCCACAUAAAGUCAUUCAAUGUUUCUUGGAAACCCAUGAAUAUCAGAAAAUCAUUUUAUAUUCACAAAAAGUUGGUUACAACCCCGAUUAUUUAACUCUUUUGAGAUCUAUAAUUUGGUCUGAUGCAAAACAAGCAGUUUCAUUUGCAAAAAGUUUAGUCGCUGACAGUAAUAUCUCAGUAGAUGUUAACAAUAUUGUUGAUUUAUUUAUUGAGAAUAAUUCCAUUCAAGAAUGUACUGAUUUUUUGCUGGAUUUUCUAAGUAGAAAUAGUCCAGAGGAUUGCUCGCUUCAGACACGUCUUUUGGAAAUGACUAUAACUUCAGCGCCAGCGGUAGCCGAUGAUAUUCUCCAGCGGAAGCUUCUCUCCCACUAUGAUCAAAAUCGAAUUGCACAGCUUUGUGAGAAAUUUGGCUUGUUUGAGAGAGCUCUUGAUCAUUACACUGAACUGAAUGACAUCAAACGCAUUCUGGUCAACAGUCAGUUGCUCAAUCCAGUCUGGCUUGUCAAUUUCUUCAGCAAACUUUCAAUUGAAGACACAUUAACUUGCCUUGAUACUAUGCUUUUAGCAAAUAUGCGGCAUAAUACACAAGCGUGUGUACAGAUAGCUGUCAGAUAUUAUGAACAGCUAACAAUAAAAGUUAUAAUUGACAUUUUUGAGAGGUAUAAGUGUUAUGAAGGUAUCUUUCAUUUUCUAGCAUCUGUAAUUGCUUUCAAUAAUGAAGAGCAGGUACAUUUUAAAUAUAUAGAAGCUGCAUGUAAAACAAAUCAAUUCAAAGAGUUGGAGCGUAUGUGUCGAGAAUCGAAUUUCUAUAAUGGGCGGAAUGUUUUCAAUUACUUGAAGAGCGCUAAGCUCCAAGAUCAGAUCUCCAUCAUUAUUGUUUGUGAUAGAUUCAACUUUGUUGACGAACUAGUAAUCUAUCUAUACCAAAAUAAUUUACAUAAGUAUAUAGAGGUUUAUGUACAGAAGGUCAAUGCGUCUCGACUUCCUGCUGUAGUGGGGUCGCUUUUGGAUGCUGGCUGUCACGAGGAAAUUGUCAAAAAUCUGAUCAGCACUGUACCGAAUCUUUACUCCACAGUUGAACUCAUUGAUCAAGUUGAAAGAAGAAACAGAUUGAAAUUGCUUUUGCCGUGGCUUGAACAGCAGGUGGAGAAAGGCAACGGAAAUUCCUACAUUUCUAAUAGUCUAGCAAAAAUUCACAUUGACACAAACAACAACCCCGAACGCUUCUUGAAAGAGAACCGAUUUUAUGACAGUCUAACAAUUGGAAAGUAUUGUGAAAAACGAAAUCCUCACUUGUCAUUCAUAGCAUACAAACGCGGCCAGUGUGAUCAGGAGGUUAUCAAACUAUGCCAAGAUGCGUCACUAUUCAAGCUUGAAGCUGGCUAUCUGAUUGAAAGGGGCGAGCUGCAUCUGUGGGCACAAGUCCUGAAUGAGGAGCAAAACACGAACAGGAGCAGGAAGGCACUCGUCGAUCAUGUUGUCAAAUACCUAUUAGAAACAAAGAACCCACAAGAAAUAACCACCACUAUUAAAGCAUUUGUAGCAGCUAAUGUAACUCACGAGCUAUUAGAAUUGUUGGAAAGAUUACUUUUCGAUAAUUCUACAUUUUCAGAAUUCUCUACAAACAGCACUCUUCAGAAUUUACUUUUACUAACAGCAAUGAAAUCGGACAAGUCACGAGUUUUGGAGUACAUUGAUAGGCUGAAUGCGUACGAUCCGACCAUGAUUUCGAAUGUAGCAAUCAACAAUGGACUUUUUGAAGAGGUUAUCGCAAUCCACACGAAAUUCAAUGACAAUGCUAAUGCUAUCCUUACCAUCAUCAAUUAUCUAGAUGAUAUGGAAAGAGCAUACAAUUUUGCUGAACGCUGUAAUGAAACAAUUGUAUGGAGUCACUUGGCUGAAGCACAACUUGAAAAAGGCUUUAUUAAAGAAGCUAUUCAAUCAUUCAUAAAAGCAGAAGAUCCUACAAAAUCAAUGGAUGUGAUUGGAAAGGCAGGAGACAAUUUGAAAGAACUGAAAGACUUUCUGAUUAUGGCCAGGAAAAAGAUGAGUAAUUCAUAUGUAGAUGAUGAACUUUUGUACAUUUAUGCAAUUUCCAAAAAACACACAGAGAUUGAGGAGUUUCUUUCACAGAGCAAUCAUGCUGAUCUAUUGAAACUUGGUGAAAGGUGUUUCAAUAGCUCCUUGUUUGAAGCUGCCAAAAUUUUUUUCAGCAAAAUUGCAAAUUUUGCUGCCCUAGCCUCAACGUGUGUUCGUUUGAAUGAGUUAGAGGAAGCAGUAAGCAAUGCCAGAAAAGCAAAUAUUUUGAAGACUUGGAAAGAGGUUUGUUUUGCUUGCAUCGAAAACGGCCAUUUUGCUCUAGCCCAAGUUUGCGGACUGAAUGUUGUGACAUGUGUCGAUGAAUUAGUCGAUGUUAUUGACUUCUACAACCACAGAGGAUAUUUCAAUGAGCUCAUGUCAUUAUUAGAGAGUGCUCUAAGUCUUGAAAAUGUAAACAUGGGAAUUUUUACUGAACUGGCGAUUCUGUAUUCUCAAUUCGCGACUAAUAAAUUGAGAGAACACUUGGAACUAUUUUGGUCUCGUAUGAAUAUUCCAAAAGUUUUGAAAGCUGCCAUGAAAGCACACUUAUGGUCUGACCUAGUUUUUCUUUACGACAAGUGUGAGGACUAUGAUAAUGCAAUAAGUGUUAUGAUUGAUCAUCCCACCGAAGCUUGGAAGGGUUGUUAUUUCAAAGAUAUGAUACCCAAAGUAACAAACAUUGAGCUCUACUAUAGCGCCGUCUCUUUCUACUUGGAGUACAAACCUCUUCUUCUCAACGAAAUCUUAUUAAUUUUAGCGCCUCGUAUAGAUCACUCACGAUGCAUAAAUUUCUUUUCAAGAGCCGGACAUUUGAAAUUCAUUCAGAAAUAUCUUAUGUCAGUGCAAUCUCUAAACAAUAAGGCAAUCAAUGAAGCAUUAAACAGUUUGUACAUUGAAGAAUACAACUACGACAAACUGAUAACAUCAAUCAACAAUUAUGACAAUUUCGAUAUUAUUGUUUUGGCUCAAAAACUUGAAGAUCACCAGCUCAUAGAAUUUCGGAGAAUAGCGGCAUACUUGUAUAAAAAGAACAAUCGAUGGAAUAGGAGCAUGCAGCUUUGCAGAGAUAACGGACUUUAUAAAGACGCUAUCGAAUACGCUGCAGACUCACACAAACAUGAACUAAUAGAAGAUUUAUUGAUUUACUUUUUGGAAGGAGGAAAAUUCGAUUUCUUUGUUGCUGCUUUAUUUCAGUGCUACAAUCAACUCCGACCUGAUGUAAUAAUGGAACUUUCAUGGAAAUACGAUGCUCUCAACUAUGCAAUGCCUUAUUUUGUUCAAGUAAUCCAUGACUACAUGAAUAAAAUCAAUUCAUUGCUUGAAUUGACAAAUCAGCAGUGAUUUGAAACAGGUUUAUGUUCAACCUAUAUUAUUCAAUUCAUUGAAGUCGAUAAUCAUUAUUUUAUCAAGGGUGGUUUAAAGUGAAUACAGUAUUUGUUCAACAUUAGACAUAAAAUAUUAUUAUCUUGAAAUAUCUUUUAGUUACUGGAUAUUCAAAUUGUUAUUCUACAAUACAUACAUUUCUUACAUUAAAACAAGUUAGAAA